CGUAAACAAAUUGGAUCCGAUCGGCAUUCACCGAGACUAAAAGACCCGAAAAAUGAGCGAAAAACGCUCAAAAAAGUCCAAAGAGGAGAUUGCGAGGCAAUUUGACCUGCCGGAACGCAAAUCGAAGAUAGCAACGAUACUCCAAACGCAGGAUGUGGCUUAUUGCAUCUGCAGAAGUAGCGAUAGUUCGCGUUUCAUGAUUUGUUGUGAUGCUUGCGAGGAAUGGUAUCACGGCGAUUGCAUAAAUAUUACGGAAAAGGAGGCGAAACACAUCAAGCAGUACUUUUGCAUCGCUUGUAAGGAGAAGGAUCCGUCGUUGCAAGUCGUUUUUAGGCCUGUACCGCAAGCGCCUUCCGUCCAACAACCGUCGCACAGUGCAAGAGACGCUGGAGGACAUUCGUAUUCGAGCAAAAAAGCCGACGACAAGAAACUGAAGAAGCGCAAGGAACACAAAGCGGCGAAACAUCAACGGGAUGACAAGAAAAUUGCUGCAAGUCGCCCAAAGAAGCGAAAACGUUCAGUAACACCCGAAAUUGUCCUAAAUCCCGCUUUAACGGGCAUUCGACAAUGUCACGGACCCGGAUGCAUCAUGAACGCACGCCCUCAGAGCAAAUAUUGUUCCGACGAUUGCGGCAUGCAGUUACAAACAGCCCGAAUUUAUCAAGUUUUGCCAAAUCGCAUCAACGAAUGGGGCAUGACACCUUCAAAAGCGGAAGAAUUAAACGCAAAAGCCUUAGAUUCAAUUCGUUCAAAAAUGGCAAUCGUUCAAGCGACCUUGAGUGAACUCGAUAAACGUCACACGGAACUCGAUUUGUUGGUUGAACGCGCGAAACGAUGCCAAAUUGAUCCUCGCGCCGCGGAAAUUGCCGAUAAUGAUGCUGACGAGGCGUCGAUGUAUUGCAUCACGUGCGGACAUGAAAUUCACUCGAAAUUCGCAAUUCGUCACAUGGAAAAAUGUUUCAACAAGUACGAGUCUCAAGCGAGUUUCGGGAGUAUUUAUCGCACCCGCAUCGAAGGAAAUUCCAUGUUUUGUGAUUUUUUUAAUCCGGCAAGUCAAACGUAUUGCAAGCGAUUGAAAGUUUUGUGUCCCGAACACUCGAAAGACCCGAAAGUGAAUGACACAGAUGUUUGUGGGUGUCCGUUAGUGAAGAAAGUUUUCACAUUGACGGGAGAAUUUUGUCGGGCGCCCAAAAAAUCGUGUUACAAACAUUUCGUUUGGGAGAAAAUUCGGAGAGCGGAAAUAGAUUUGGAACGCGUGAGACAAUGGCUGAAGAUGGAUGAGCUAAUUGAGCAAGAGAGACAAUGCAGAAUGGCGAUGAAGGCACGAGCAUCCGUUAUGGGACUGCUGCUGCACUCGACAUACAAUCACGAAAUCAUGGAUAGAUUAAUGGCGAAGAGUAACAAUUAAAACAUUGCGACAAGUGAGAGGAACAAUAAAAUAUUUUUAAUUCUUGAA